GUUAAAGGGAAAAAAGGAUUUUAGGCGGGAAAUAAUAGAAAUCUUUUUUGGCGGCCAUUCUGAAGCCCAAAUUAACAAUUCCUCCUCCUAGGGUUUCUAGUGGAGAGAAGAAUGAAGAGAGCAGGCAUCGAAGAAAACCUUUUAGCGAUCCUCGACUCCGUCUCCGAUUCUAAACACACACCAGACGCCAACGAUGACAGGCUUGCAUUUCUGGAAGCAGUUCGCAGCGCUUGUAUUGUUAAUGAAAAUCCUCCAACAAGCAAAAUGCGUGAGGCGGUGUUUCAAAUUUUGAGGGUUGGGAAAUCAUUGGAAUUGAUUACGGAAAGUUUUCGCCUUUUAAAUGAGUUGGAUAAGCGUUUUCCACGCGUGUAUUUGUCAGAGAAAGAAGCAUCAGAGUCAUCUCACCUAGUCGUGGUAGAGGAGGGCUGGUCGCCAUUUCUUUUUAAUUUGGAAAAGGCAUCUAGAGAGAGGGAAGCUGGUGGCAGAAGCAUUAGUGGACCACUUGACUCAUCAGGUUUCCUUCAGUUAAUGCAAGAACUUGCUGAAGUGGCUAAUGAGCGAAAACUUCAAGCAUUAGAAAUAAAGUCACUGAGGAACAUGUUGCUGUUUAAAUAUCUUGUCAAUGCUCUUGAAGGAGACUUUUUACCACGUAACAGGGUGUAUGAAGAAACCAUGAAUUGGACCCACCUAAGGGAGUCUUUGCUCAACAUGCUUUUGAGUACAAGAAGAAUAAACUACAAAGGCUUGAUGAAAGAUUGCUUGUCCAUUAUGUGUGGAUUGUUUGGCGUUUCUGCUGGAAUAAGUGAUGAUCUAGAAUCUCCUGACAAUGCUGCUUCAAAACCAUCCCAUAAUGGCAAUACGGCUUCAGCAUUAGCUUUAUUUGAAUUAGGAAAUAAUGCUUGUAUUGCCUUGCAAAAACUUCUGAUAAUGAUUAUGGACCUUGACAUGUCCAGGAAGAAAGCAGACAUGCAAGGUUAUACAACCAGAGCUGAUGGUGUGAGGACCCCUCUAAUGGAGAUAAUUUUGGAUGAGCUAAGUUACGAUACAGAUAUGCUUUCUCCAUUUCUUAAGAAUGAUUUGCAGGUAUUUAACGAGCCUAAGUGGAAGCUCGAAAUCAUCUUGCAGUAUUUUUCAAAAUACACCACUAGGCUGUCCACUCGCACUCGGAGAUCAAAUGGUCCUACUGAGGAUGCAACAACAUUCAGUGGAGUCUUAAACUGCUUUUCCAAUAUCACCAACACACGAAGCAUUUCAAAAAAGAUAAAAGCAGAUGUAGUUCAGGUGCUUUUAGCACAUGCUUUUCAGGCACAUUUGUCAUCGUCAUCUCAACAAGAUGCUGAUGGCAUCUCUGCUUCGAAGGAUGAAGGAAGGAGCACCUCUCUGGUGGAAAUAUGCGAGAAUAUAAUCUCCGCAUUUAGUAAUUUGAGAAGAACAGAUGCGAAGAUGGAGAUUUUGCCAAUUGGAAAGGAGGCCCUGUUUACUGCAGCAACAAUCCUCUCAACAGAGACAGGAGCUCAUGUAUAAAGGAUGCAGGUAAUCCGAACAUUUUGUUACCAGGUGGACAUGCUCUUCUGAAGUAUUUUUAAAGAAUAUCUCUGUAAGCUAUUCAUACCUUUUGUAGCUAAAUUGAUCAUGUAACUUAAAUAUCAUACUAUUUUCUUCUGGCCUUCUUGAAUUCCUCCCUACAUUUUGCCUUGUUAACACGCGAAUGAGAUUCAACAGCAUUCAACAGCAUUUCUAAAGAAA